AUGCCCUGCGCCUCGCCCGGCUGCGCGAAAUCCGGCACGCUGCGGUGUCCGACGUGCGUGAAGCUGGAGCUGGACCUAGUGUCCGCGUCGUACUUCUGCUCGCAGGACUGCUUCCGCGGGUCAUGGAAGAAGCACAAGGAGUUGCACAAGGCCCCCGCGCAGCCGCGCGCGCUUGAUCUCUCCGCCAAGCGCCGCCGCGCAGCCUUCGAGAACCACUCGUACACGGGCCCGCUGCGCGUCGCACAUGUCGUCAUGCCGCGCCGCACCGUCCCGAGCACUAUUCAACUCCCGGACUAUGCGGUGGAUGGCACGCCGAGGAGUGAAGAGAAGUUUAAUAGGACUAGCACUAGCUUUAAAGUACUUGACCAGAAAGGUAUUGACGCGAUGCGGAAGGUGUGCAGGCUGGGCAGGGAGGUCCUGGAUAUCGCCGUCAGGGCCGCCAAGGUCGGCGUUACCACGGAGGAAAUUGAUCGCGUUGUCCAUCAGGCAUGUAUUGAGAGGGACAGUUAUCCCUCCCCGCUUAACUAUUACGGCUUUCCAAAGUCAUCGUGUACGUCGGUCAAUGAGGUCAUAUGCCAUGGCAUUCCGGACACGAGACCCCUGGAAGAGGGUGACAUUCUCAACAUUGAUAUUACCUUGUACCACGGCGGCCACCACGGCGAUCUCAACGAGACCAUUAUCAUCGGCAAGACCUCAGAGCAGAGGAAGAAGCUCGUGCGCUGCGCCCAUGACGCCUUGUGGGCCGCUAUUAAAAUUGUCAAGCCUGGCACGCUCUUCCGAGAAUUUGGGCCUCAGAUUGACAAGGUCGUUCGUGCGAAUGGCCACAGCGUCGUCAAGAGCUACUGUGGACAUGGCAUUGAUGAACAAUUUCAUACGGCACCCAAUGUGCCACAUUACAAAAAGAACAAGGCCGUCGGUAUGUGCAAGGAGGGCAUGACAUUUACUAUCGAACCGAUGAUCAACAUGGGGACAUGGAGAGACGACCUUUGGCCAGACAACUGGACUGCUGUUACGGCUGACGGCAAGCCCUCCGCCCAGUUUGAACACACCAUUCUCGUCACGGCGAAGGGAUACGAGAUCCUUACUGCUAGACUACCCGACGGGCCCAAAUUCUGGUGGGAAUAGUAGCGCAACUGCAUUCUGCUUCAACCUCAACUUCAGUACCCCUGCUGGACAAGGUUUGGUGACCACUGAACUUCCUUGUUCCAGGAAAAAGCAUUGCCACUGUAACCACAAUUUUCACUAGCCGCCAUGUAGAAACUUCCCAGUCACAGGGUCCAAAAGGUCUUUGUACGUGAAACCCAUGGCCCUCAAGGCCAUCUUAUCAACGACUGCACUAGAUUACUAAAUCGUAAAACGAUCGCUGGCGAUGUCACCGGUGUGGACGCGGUACAGGCAGUUCAUGCGUUGA